AUGUUUACUUCGAUCCUUCCUGAGAGAGCGCCUGGCGCAACAGUCCCUCUUAUCAUUGGAAAUAAAGACAUCACAACCACAACUACAUUUGACGUGAAUAAUCCUGGGAAAGGCUACGUUGAGCACAAAUCUAGUGCUGCGCUUGUCGAAGAUGCCAGACUUGCUAUUGAAUCAGCCGAAAAGGCCUUCCCAGCAUGGUCUAUCACAAAGCCCGCAGUUCGAAGAGACAUCCUGUCUAAGACGGCCGACAUUUUUCUGGCUCGAAAGGAUGAAUUUAUUGGCUACAUGGUUGAAGAGACUGGAUCGCAUCCAGAGUUUGCAGAUUUUAUUCUGAUGCUUGGCGUGAACCUUUUGAAAGAUGUUGCAGGCAAAGUAUCGGGGAUUGAAGCCACUUCUCCUGCGUUAGUCCAAGAAGGCACGGGCGCACUGGUUUACAAACAGCCCUAUGGCGUUGUAUUGGGAAUCGCACCUUGGAACGCACCCUACAUACUGGGUACUCGAGCUGUGGCACUUCCCCUUGCAGCUGGUAAUAGCACAGUGCUCAAGGGUUCCGAACUCUCUCCUAAAUGCUUCUGGGCAAUUGGGGAUGCAUUUAGACAAGCCGGGCUUCCUGAUGGUUGUCUCAAUGUCAUCUAUUCGCGACCUACGGAUGCCCCAGAAGUGACAACCGCCCUGAUUGCUCAUCCCGCAGUCAAGAAGUUGAGUUUCACUGGAAGUACUGCCACUGGGCGGAAGGUCGCCCAUCUCGCAGCAGAAUAUAUUAAGCCCGUGAUCCUGGAGCUAGGAGGUAAGGCUCCUACAGUUGUUCUCGAAGAUGCUGAUUUAGAGAAGGCCGCUUUGGGUGCUACUCUCGGCUCAUUCAUACACGCCGGUCAAGUUUGCAUGUGCACAGAACGAAUUAUCGUUCAUAGGUCUAUCGCUGAUAAGUUCCGCGAAGCCUUGAAAGCCUCGGUGAACAAUGUUUUCGGCGGUCCUAGCACCCAGUUUGUAACUAUCAACAGAGCUGCGAUUUCCAAGAACAAAGACUUGGUUCGGGAUGUUAUUUCCAAGGGUGGCAAAGUCUUCAUUGGAGAUUUGGAAGCCCAAGCGGCCUCCGAUACCUCGAUGGGAGUGGUUAUUGUUGAGGGUGUUACCACCGAGAUGGACAUUUACAGGACUGAAUCAUUCGGUCCAACAGUGUCGCUUUUCGUGGUCGACAGUGAUGAAGAAGCAAUCAAACUUGCUAAUGAUACAGAGUAUGGUCUGAGUGCUUCAGUUUUCACUGAAAGCUUGGCCAGGGGAUUGAAGGUUGCCAAACAGAUCGACUCUGGGGCGGUACACAUUAACUCUAUGACUGUUCACGAUGAAGCAGCACUUCCUCAUGGUGGAGUAAAGAGUAGUGGAUUCGGACGCUUUGGGACCAGCAUGCUGGAUGAGUUCUUAUGGACUAAGUCUGUGACUUGGAUGGAAUAG